AUUUCCCUUUUUUGAGUUGAUCUUUUACUUUAUUUUAUUUAUUUAUUUACAAAUUGGCCGUUUUCUGUUGAUAUCAUAUCUUUUCAGAGCCGAUCAUUUAAUUUCUACUUGUGUGUUUUUGUACACGUAAAAUUUUUUGUGUAUUAUUUCGAGAAUAAUGAAUGAACAGAAACUAUGAAUGAUGUGGUUUUCAAAGGACCUCAUACAUAUUUGUGUUGUCUGCAUCUUGUGUUGAGACAACAGUAUUUAAUUUAAUCUGUGACGACAUUCUCAAUCCACAAGAAAAUAUGGGAACAGACGAUAUCUGUCUUUUUAAAUAAAUAUCUUAAACUGUUCAAAUCCUGUUUUUUUUUUAUACCAAAGCAUAGACAUAUUUCAGCAAAUGCAUUUAUCAUUGGGUCAAAAGGUCAGAAAAAUAAAGUGCUAUCUACAAAGGGCCACAUUAAACUGUAUACGUGAGCUAGAAGGUACCAUGGCUCAAGACCGUCGUACUUUUCCAUUGACUUGGCUACUGACCAAUAACUUCCCUCUUGCCCAGUAGCUAAGCUAUAUAAGAUGCUGGUAGGUCCAUUGCUCUGGCAACACACUUAAAAAUCAAGUACGAGGAGAAAGAAUACGGUCAAGAAAUGAUAUUGCAAUAAUUCAAUUACAAGAUAGCAAACUAUUGUGAAAAUGGCAGAUUCUUGGCAAGAGUGCAUGGAGUUAGGGAUAUCUAUUGCAAGGAAUGCUGGAAAGGUGAUUUGUAAAGCUCUACAAAAUGAACAAUCAGUGAUGUUAAAAACGUCCCCCGCUGAUCUGGUAACUGAGACUGAUCAAAAGGUGGAGAAAAUGAUUAUCUCUGCAAUCAAAGAGAAGUUUCCAACUCACAGUUUCAUUGGAGAAGAGUCUGUGGCAGCCGGAGCAGAAUGUGUACUGACAGACAGCCCCACUUGGAUAAUCGACCCCAUUGAUGGGACCACCAACUUUGUGCACAGAUUUCCAUUUAUGGCAGUAUCCAUUGCAUUUGCUGUCAACCAAGUGACUGAAUUUGGAAUAGUUUACAGCUGUAAAGAGGAUAAAAUGUACACUGCAAGAAAAGGGAAAGGAGCAUUUCUUAAUGGCGUGAAGUUAAAUGUCUCCGGGCAGAAAGAUAUAACCAAAUCCCUUGUAAUAACUGAAGUGGGACCUGAACGAGACCCUAAGAUAUUGAAAACACUCUUUACAAACCUUGAAAAGCUUCUGAACAUUCCAAUUCACGGAUUCCGUGCUGCUGGCACAGCAGCAACAGAUAUGUGUUUUGUAGCUGCUGGAGAAGCUGAUGCCUAUUAUCAUAUUGGAAUGCACUGUUGGGAUAUAGCUGCUUCUAGUAUAAUUGUUACAGAAGCUGGUGGUGUCCUGAUGGAUACAGAUGGAGGACCAUUUGAUAUGAUGUGCCGGAGAAUCAUUGCAGCGAGCAGCAGGGCUGUUGGAGAAGCCGUGGCAAAAAAUAUUAACGCUUUUCCAUGUGCAAGAGAUGAUGAACAGAUUGGUGUACAUGCCAAUGGAAACUAGUUUAUUGUAAAAUGGGGGUGGAUGCUCAGAAUUUGUACUGUAGAAUGACCACUACAUGUAAAGAUAUAGCCAAAAGUUUAGCAUCACGUAACAUUUUAGGA